AUGUCUGACUAUGAAGAUCCCCAAGAUGCGCUGAGCGCAACUGCUGGGACGGCAGCGGCGGCGGCGGCGGCGUCGGCGUCGGCGGGUGCUGCUGGACGAAAUGGCGGCGGCGUGACGAAUGGUUUUGGAGGGAGCAGUGCGGCGGAUGCAUUUGCACGUGGUGGUCUGCGUGGUGGUGCUACGGGGCGUCGCGAUUCGGACAAAGACGACUAUGAAGACCCUGAUGCCGCAGUUCAAGAGCGCGGUCGCAAGUUUUUGGCGUCAUCAAGUGCGCUAGCCCAAGCUGCGCGAGCCAUGCGCCGCUCGUCAGCCGCUCUGGAGGAAACAGCCGAUGACGACACCUACACCAUGCCUCAAACGAGACCUAGCAGCAUGGCCGGUGCCAACAUCACGGCCGCCAUGCAGGGCCUCAACGUUUCCUCCAACCAUGAAUCCUAUGUCAACUUGCAUGAAGGCACCGCCAUCCGCGACUAUGGAAAUCUCAAGGCCAUGGCAGAUUUGCGGCGAAACAGCGUCGAGGCCUCGAGCUCCGCUCCGCCCCCUGCCGUCCCCUCUCGUGCUCGCAAGCCAGCACCCCCCGUGCCCAACGUCCCCGUUCGCCCCUCCGUCGCCGCUUCACGCCAAGCAGCCCAAGCCAAUCCUCGUGCGCGGCCCCAGAACAUUGAAAUGCCUCCCGCGUCACUUGGUGGCCCAGAGCUUCUGGCUCAACAGUGCGUGACAAUUCUUGGCUGCGAAAUGAUCCGGACACCGCUCAAAGGCCGACUCAUCUGA